UAUUUUGUUACUUCAACGCUGUUCGGUCUGACGGCACAUGAUGACAUAAUCAUUAAAGGACGGUGUUGUGGUUGUAAUGGAGGCAAUUGUCUUCAUAAUCGGCUCGUUUUGACCAAUUUCUUCUUAUUUAGACCAAAUAGGGCUAAAAUGGCGGAUUAUUGGAAGUCACAACCGAGGAAAUUCUGCCAGUACUGCAAGUGCUGGAUUGCUGACAACAAGCCGAGCGUCGAGUUCCAUGAAAGAGGGAAGAAUCACAAAGAAAAUGUGGCUGCUAAAAUAUCAGAGAUUAAGAAAAAGAGCAUUGAAAAGGCAAAGAAGGAGGAGCGGAUGUCCAAAGACUUUGCAGCGAUGGAGGAGGCCGCACUGAAGGCAUAUGAGGAAGAUCUGAAGAGGAUGCAAAGGGAAUCGGAUGGAUCAAGUUCUCCAGUCCGAGCAGCCCCACAACCACAACCUCAACCUCAGGUGAGAGCUCAGCCCCUAAAAAAGAAGCCAAAGAAAGCAGGGAAGGUGAGCAGGAAGUCCAGAGAGCCAACUGGGAAGCAGGUUUGGGUGGAAGGCCAGACAGAUGAUGGACACACGUACUACUAUAACACGGCAUCGGGAGAGUCUCAGUGGGACAAACCAGAAGGUUUUCAGGGGGGAAGUUCAGCUUCUGCACAGUUUCAGUACUCUGGGAGUUCCUCAGGUUCUCCUUGGAUGGAAGCUGUGAGUCCUGAUGGUUACACAUACUUCUACAACACAGAAACAGGAGAAUCCAGCUGGGUGAAGCCAGCAGACUUUCCUUCCAGUGAGGAACCUGAGACCAAGCAAGGCGAGGAGAACGGAGCCGAGCUUCUGAUUUCUCAGCCGGAGCCACUGCCUGGAGGAGAGGACAGCUCUGGCGGGGCAUCGCAGGAGGUCCAACCCGCUGAAUCUGAUCAGAAGCUCAAAAUCCCAAAAAUCUACUUCAGGAAAAGAAAAACAGAGGCUGAACCCUCGGAAAGAGAAGGUGACAAAAAAGUGGUAGAAGAUGCUCCAAAAGAGGAAACGAAAGAGACAAAGAAUGAAGAAGAGUUGAAGAGCUCAGCAGCCAAACCAGAGAAAGCUAAGGAGGUGAUGACAACAGGAAGAAUACAAGUAAGAAGGCCUAAAGUGGCCAAUCCGUAUGGAGCCUGGGAACAGAUCCAACAGGAAGAGGAUCCAUUUGCGAACGUGGACUUACAGCUGCCCCAGACAGAUGAGGGCACGGCUGGCACUCCGGCCGACCUCCCACCAGAGCCCAAACCGAAGUUCAAGGAACGCGUCAUCACCUCGCUCGGAGAGGAGGGCGGACCCACGUCAUUCAGGAAAAACAAGAACCAGAACGGCAAAUCCAGGAGCCUCCGACAGAGGGACGACGACGACUGAUCCGAUUGAACAGGCUGGGAACCCAAGCCGUGAUGCAUCGAGACUUUUCUGGAAGUUAAAUUCUUCCUAGGAAUGUCUUGAUGAAUUGUCAUGAACUUAGUAGAAGCAUUUUUAUUUUUCCUUAGUGAACUAUGUGUAUUUUAAGCAAGAUUUGGCCAGAUUAAAAAUUUACAUUUUU